CCGGCUGGAGAAGCGGGGGGCUCCGGCCGCGGCGAGCGGGCGAAGCGAGAGCCCGGCCGGCCCGCGUGUGCGUGGAGGCGGGCGGGCGGGCCCCCCUGGAUGCGUGCGACCGGCCCCGGCCUGGCCCGCGUGGCAGCGGGACCUUGGGCGGCUGGCAGCGCGUCGGUGGUGGGGGCCGGAGCUGCAGCCCUCUCCCCCUCGGCCCAGUUCGCUUGGCGGCAACAGGCGUCCCGUCGGUGAGAAACCAUGAGCCGAGAUUUCAAACCCGGAGACCUGAUCUUCGCCAAGAUGAAAGGUUAUCCCCAUUGGCCGGCCAGGGUGGAUGAAGUUCCCGAAGGAGCAGUAAAGUCUCCUGCAAAUAAAUUGCCUAUUUUCUUUUUUGGCACCCAUGAGACGGCAUUUUUGGGACCAAAGGACAUAUUCCCUUAUGCUGAAAAUAAAGAGAAAUAUGGCAAACCAAAUAAAAGAAAGGGUUUUAAUGAAGGGUUGUGGGAAAUCGACAACAAUCCCAGAGUGAAGUUCUCUCAUCAUCAGUCCCAUCCAGCCAUUAACACUCCUAGCAAAUCAACUGUUCAGGAACUUGGUGAGGGGAGUGGAGAAAAAACAGGAGCCAAAAGAAGAAAGACUGUCUCAAAAUUAGCCCGAAAGGGGAAUAAUAACGUACCUACAGAAGCUGAAACAAAAGAAAAGGGGAUGGGUACUUCAAAGGAAGAUGAUCUACCUUCUGAAAAAAAUAGUAAAGAAGAUGUGGUGAAAACAAGUGAUGCUUCUGUUCUUAAAGUUGCUAGAAGAGGAAGAAAAAGAAAGGCUGAAAAACAAGUUGAAGCUGAGGAAGCAGCAGCGGCGGCAACAGCAGUGACAGCAGUAGCUCCUGUGCCAGCGUCUCCGAAAGUAAGCCCCAAAAGAGGAAAACCAUCAGCUUCUGAAGUAAAGGUUCCAAAACCAAGAGGGAGACCCAAGUUGGUGAAACCAUCUUGUCUUGCAGAGACCGACUUUACUCAGGAGGUGGAGAAAGCAAAGAAAAAAGGACUCGAAGAAAAGCCGAAAAAGCAAGGGAAAAAAGAUGACGAAAGUCACAAGGAAGAAGAUAAAUUAAAGAAGGAGUUUGACAAAAAGGAAGCAAAGAAAGAGUCUGAACCAAAAAGGAAAAAUGCUGCAAAAUUGGGUUCUGUAUCAGCUUCUGAUACUGAAGAUGAUGAAGAACAUGAAGGUGGCAAGAAGAAAAAAGGGGGAAGAGGCUUUCAGGCAGCACACAGGAGGAACGUUGUAAAAGGCCAACAUGAGAGAGAAGUAACAGAAAGAAAGCGUAAGCACGAGGAACAGACAGAAUCUGAAUUGCAUAGUAAAGAAGAAGGCAAGAAAACAGAAGUUAAGAAGAUGGAAAAGAAGAGAGAAACAUCAGUGGAUUCUAGGCUUCAAAGGAUACAUGCAGAAAUCAAGAACUCCCUGAAAAUUGAUAAUCUUGAUGUGAACAGGUGUAUUGAGGCUCUCGAUGAGCUUGCAUCCCUUCAAGUCACAAUGCAACAAGCUCAGAAACAUACAGAGAUGAUUCUGACUCUAAAGAAGAUACGGAAAUUCAAAGUUAGCCAAGUUAUCAUGGAGAAAUCUACAAUGCUAUAUAACAAGUUCAAGACCAUGUUUCUGGUUGGGGAAGGAGAUUCUGUUCUUUCCCAAGUAUUAAAUAAAUCACUUGCUGAGCAGAAGCAGCACGAGGAAGCCAACAAACCCAAAGAACAGUGGAAGAAAGGAGCAAACAAAAAAACUGAAAAGGACCAAACAGGUUCAAAGGUUCUGAAUGGAGGGUCUGAAGCUCAAGAUACCAAGCAGUCACAGCACAAUGGAGAGAACUCUGAGGAGAAGAAAGUUAGACAAGCUGUCAGUAAGAAAAAGACACAUGGUGAAGAGAGAGAGCUUGAGAAGCCAGCAAAAGAUUCUGCCUUUGAAAGCAAAUGAUACCACUGGAGUCUUUUUCUAAAAUACAAAUAAAAGAGGCUAAGUUUUGCAUUUGAAAUCUAUAGACUGCUGAAAGUUCUAAAUAAUUUUAUAAGCAUAGUAUUGUAAAGUUAAAUUUUGUGGAAUAAAAGCCCUUCUAAUUUUGGUUUCAAAGUAUUUAAACACUUUUGCCAAUAGUUUUGGUCCAGUAUUAACAGAUAACACAUUUCAAAAGAUUAAAAUUCCACUUAGAAAACAACUGCUUUCAUGUCACAGGACUUAGAGUUGUAGUAUAUUGUUACCUGACUACUGUUACGUUUGUCUAGCUGAUUGCAGGAAAAAGUGUAAAUACUUUUAACUGCCCAAAUGCUUCAUCUGUAUAAAGCCUGCUCUCUUCCUAGGAUACUGACCUCUGUGCAUAGUUUUUCAACUCUUGUGGGGAUGUCUUUUAACUUGUGUUUUGUAAGAAUGGAAGCAGUGUUUUCAUAGCUGUUAAAAUGCUAAUGUACAAGUAUACUUAAUCAGUUUAGUUCUGUUCUUGCAAAACUCAUUGUGCCAAUUUGCUGCAAUGUGACUCUAUGAUAUGCAUUUGGUUUAAUUAAGUAUACUAGAAUGAAUAGUGUUGUUCUCACAGAACCCGUUGAUGAACACUGUUUGGAAAACACUGUCUUGAAAAAUUAAUGAAAUUAAAGCAUUUGAAACUGA